AUGAUCAAUACUGCAAUCGGGAUGAGGUUCUUUGCUGUAUUAGUUCCCCUCUCAAUUCUGGUUCUGGGUGCUUCGACAUCUGCGGAUUUUCAAACUAUUGGAUUCAAAGAUUGCAAGUCCAAGUUCAAAAUCCUUGAUGUACAAGCGUCCGGAUGCGAUCUGAAAGAUACCCCUAACGGGAAAAAACUUUGCGAAUUCAAGGAAGGAACAACACCAAGAAUUAGGAUCAAAUUUGUGCCGGAUCAGACUGUUAACAGUCUCAAAACACAGAUUAAAGCGAAAAUUGGUCAGACUUUUUUGGAGUUCCCCAUGGCCGAUGCUGAUGCCUGCAAAUACGGUGUAAAAUGUCCAGUUGAAGCUGGAAAGGAAUCCGUCUACGAGAAAGGCAUCGAAAUAAUCAAUAACUAUCCGAAGGACGAAACGGUUCAAGUGAAUUGGAUGGUGAACAAAGACGACGGAAAGGCGGUAUGCAUCAUAUUUUUGGCACGAAUAGUAGCAUGA